AUAGCCGUCCGUUUUUUACUCUGAAAGGUUAGUAAAACUUUAACUUUACACUGCAUGCUCAGCUUCGCGCCUCGGAGAAGAGGACAAGAGAUGUUGCCACGGAUGGAUUACUACAGCAAUGUGAGUGCUGAAUUUUGAAGAUCUGCUGGUGUCCAGCCCCUCGUUGGAGACUGAGUUAGCAGAAAUGUGUGGGAUCGGUACUUUGACUGCUGGAGUUCAUCCCUUACAGACGCUGCUGUGCCAAAGUUAAUUUAUAACAAUGGAUAAUGAAGAGGUAUCGACGGAGGUGGACAAGAUUUCUCGGCGGCUCCAGGAGGAUGGCUUGUCUCCAGGGGCCAGUGCAGAAGAGAGGCAGCGCCACCUUUGGCAGCAGCUUCUCAACAGUGAGGUGAAGCUUCAUGCAGCUACCAAAGAGGUGCAGACCUUACGUAUGCAGCAGGCCAAUGAGAUGAAAGAGCUGGAGAGCUAUGUUGCACACAUUCGUGGGCUCUUGGAAGAGCGAGAGGGUCUGGCCGCAGAAUAUGAAAGACAGAAUGAACAGCUGCAGCAUGAACUUCACCAGAUUCAACACCAGCUGGAGAGUCAGAGUAAGGAGCUGGCAGAGAUGCUGGCUCAGGAGGACCUGGUGGACAUGGGCUUGACCAGCCCCAGUGAGAUAGUGGCUUAUUUGCUGGUGGAGAGGGCCACACUGCUGGAAAGGUUGGAGGCCGCUGAGAGGAGACUGGAAAGUCAGAGUGUCAGUGGUAACUUGAAGGAGGUUGACCACCAGGAGCUUAUUUGCCACACGAGGGGGGAUGACCUGAGGCAGCAAAGGGACGAUCUGCAGAAGACCUUAAAUAACACGAUGAAGUGCUCAUCCCAGAGUCCAUGGAAGAAGCUGUUUGGCCUUCACAGGUCUGGUCAGAGCAAGCACAGUAUUACCCCUGCCCACAGUGAGGAGAUUUCCCAAGAGCGAAAUGAGCGUCGGAGACUGGAACAGGAUCUGGAAGAAGCAUCCAGGAGGCUGGCAAUGGCUCAUCAGGAUAUUCGCAGACUCACUAAUGAAUUGGAUGCUGCUAAAAACAACAGCCCAGACCCAAAUGGAUCUGAGCUUCAGGGAACUGUCCAAGAAGUAGAGAACCUGAGGAAGGAAGUGGAAAAACUAAAACACUCUGAUAUGAUGAAAUUGCAGCAAGCCAAAGAGCAAAAUGACAAGCUAGAUGCUGAGAACAGAGCUCUGAGGGACAGAGUGUGCAUUAUGGAGUCAGAGAAGAAAAAUCUCCUGGACCAGUUGGCAAUGAAUGAUACAACCAAAGAAGAUAGAAAGGACAAGAUUAUUACCAGUGACCCACAAAACACUCUGUCUGCCUUGUUAGCGCAAGAAAAAGAUCACAUUCACAAACGGUGUCAUGAGGCUGUGGAAGACGGGCUUGUGCAGGUGAAAGAGCUGCAGCGACAACUGCAGAGGCUACGCAAGAACCACGAAGAGCUGGAGGAGAGGAACGAGGAGCUGGAAGCCUUGCUGGGGGAAGCCCAGAAUGCUAGCAAAGAGGAGAGGCAUCGCCAUGAGGGAGAACUGGAGGGCCUCCGAAGGAGGAUCACAAGUCUGGAGGCAGAGAUAAAGAAGCAGAAAACUCAAGACAAAAUGCUGCAGAAUGGAGAAGAGGUCAAAACCACAGAGUACUUACAAUCACACCUAAGGGACGGCGGCCAAGAGAGCCUGGCUCUGCUCGAGGCUCGUCUGACUGAGGAGAAAGACUGGAGGAAACAGCUGGAGUUGGACCUCAGUGCUGCACAGGCUGCCCUGAAAAAAGAGAAAGAGGCUUUGCAGAUAAGUGAGCGAGAGCGAAAUAAACUGAGACUUGAGAACAACAGCCUUCAUAUAGAAUGCCAACAGGGGAAAACGCUUAUCAAGAGUCUCACCCAAGUCAAGGGGGAAAAAGCUCUUCUGGAGGAAAAGGUCUCCCAGAUGGAGCGUGCCUAUAGCAGACUCCAAGGAGAGCUGCAGCAUUACAAAGACAGUAACCAGACCCAGGAAGAGCUCAAGGAAAAUAAGCUUCAUGUCAACCAGAUGCAGGAACAAGUUGACCGGCUGACUGCUGAACUGAGCAGCCUUCAGACAGCACACAAUACACUGAGAGAUGAGAUGGCUUCUGAGCGGCUGCAGACUGCUGAACUACAGGCCAGGCUAAGCUCCAGUGUUCAGGAAAAGCUGGCAGCAGAGGGGAAAAGAGAGAGAGUGGAGCUGGAGAUGCAGCGCCUCAUUAAGCAGCUCCAGUGGCAUCAAGACCAACUAUCCUCUACAAAGGAAGCAUUUAGCAGCAGCCAGAAGCCUGAACUGCACAUGGCUCUUAUUGAAUCUAGACUCAGUCCAGUGGAGAAGACCACAAAAGAGUGCUUGGCUCAGGAGCUGAGUGAUCUGCAGAGUAAGCUGAAGAAAGAGCGGCAGCAGUCCACUGAGCAUAAAAUGGCCCUCGAGGCUCAGGUCAAUGAAGCCCAGGCACGUAUUAAGUCCCAAGAUUCAGUGCUGAACCAGAAAACAGAGGAAGCUAAACAAAUGAAGCAAGACCUGCAGAGGGCCCAGAGCCUGUUUACCUCAGCAGAGAAAGAGUUGCGCUAUGAGAAGGAGAAGAACUUGGAUUUGAAGAGACACAACACUCUGCUGGACCAGGAAAAACUCAAGCUUUGUGCAGAACUGAAGCAGGUCCAGACAAAGCUGGUCCAAAUGGAGCAGAAAGUCACCAGUCAGACGGCUGAUUGUGAACAUCAGCAGCAGAAAAUCAGGGAAUUGGAGCUGGAACUGGCACGUAACUCCACAAACCGCAGUGCCACUACUAGUCUGCAGGAGGACCUCCAGCUUGAGAGGGCACGGCUCAUCGCUGCUGACAAGAAGGUCUUGGAACUGCAGCAGCAGCUAAAAUCUGUCCAGCACCAGCUGCGUGUGGAGGAAGCUCGCGCGGGUGAGACCAACCGCUUGGAGAGGGACAGCAGGGAUCUUUCUGACACCUUGUCAGCCCUGAGAGCCCAGCAACAGGAGGAGCACAUCACCAGGAAGCUGUUAGAACAGCGUGAGGAGGAGCUGCAGCAGCAGGUUCGCUCCCUGAGGCUUAAGGAGGCCUCACUGACCAGGACAAAUGCAGAGCUCAGCCACCACGUUCAGCAGCUGGACACCCGUCUGUCCAUCCUGGAGGCCGAGCUUAGCAAGGCUAGAGAGGAGGCAAAAGACAGCCAGACGUCACGCCAAAAACUGCUGGAGGAGCUGGUGGCCAGUCAGCAGGACUGUAAAGGACUGCACGAUGAGCUGCAGCAGGUUCUCCUCCAACUCGAUGUGCAUGUCAGGAAGUACAAUGAAAAACAGAGUCAACACAAGACCAAACUGCGUCAGGCCAAGCAGGUGUUUCUUAAGGCGACAGCACAGAGGGACAGCACCAUCCAGAAACUGGAGAAUGACCUGGCGCUUGCCUCCAUCCUUUCACAGAAGGACAAAGAGAGGAUCCAAUUAGUGAUGGAUGUAAAUGAGAAGCUUUUAGAGGAGAAGAGGGAACUGGUACGGAAGAUAAUUGAGGCCGAGGAGAUGGGCAGCAAGGGCAUGAAGACCGCCUCAACAGUCCAACACAGGGUUAACCUCUUAGAAGUGGAAAAUAAACAACUGCAGGACCAAACCUUGAAGCUCUCCAAUCAAGUCAGUUCUUUAGAGCAUGCUCUGAGGAAUAUCCAGUCACUCUACAGCCUGGAGAAUGCCAGAAAAAUGCUGCCCGCUGAUGGUCUCUCUGACAGCAUCCUACAUACGUCUGCACUAAGUCUGACGCCAGGUUCCUGUGACAAGCUGGACAUCCUGGAUGCAAUCUGUCGCGUGAAGAUGGGUGAGGGUGGGCUGGUGGAUGGUACCCAGACACCUUUCUCCACUCACCCACCAUCAGAGCAGGGAUACCUGAAUCUUACUUCCCCACUGAUUCCUCCAGCUUCUGCCAAAGGCACAGAGGAGAGCUCUAAAAACAGGGACCAGGUAUGAGACGGCGGUACGAUGUCUGACUUCAUCUACAGACAAAAAAGCUGCAUGAAAAUAAAGAAUAUAUACAUAUAAUGCAAAUGAA